GCUAGUAUGCGCGAAAAGCCAAAAAUAAGAAAGUGGAGCGAGAAAAUAUAGGGAAGUCGCAGAUAAUAAUAAAAGUCAAGGGAGCAACAACUGCGAUAUCUCUUUCUUCUUCCUUCGUCUUUUGUUUUGGUGACAUUCUUCUUCUUCUUCAUAUCAUCACAACCAAGAGAGAGAGAGAGAGGAGAGAGAAAGCGCAUUAAAAGAUCAAUUUGCCCUUCGAUCUUCUUCUUCGUCUUCCUCUCUCUCGCACCAUGAACGAGAAGGCCAACGUCUCCAAAGAGCUCAACGCUAAACACAAAAAGAUACUGGAAGGACUUCUUAAACUACCAGAGAAUAAGGAGUGCGCUGACUGCAAAGCUAAAGGUCCAAGAUGGGCUAGUGUCAAUCUUGGCAUCUUUAUAUGCAUGCAGUGUUCCGGAAUACAUAGAAGUCUUGGGGUACACAUAUCAAAGGUUCGCUCUGCAACUUUGGACACAUGGCUCCCAGAGCAGGUUGCAUUCAUUCAAUCGAUGGGAAAUGAGAAGGCAAAUAGUUACUGGGAAGCAGAAUUACCCCCACAUUAUGAUAGAGUUGGAAUUGAAAAUUUCAUUCGUGCAAAGUAUGAAGAGAAGAGAUGGGUUGCAAGGAAUGAGAAACCAAAAUCACCUUCUAGUUUCCGAGAAGAGAAAAGUCCUUCACAUUGGCAAAAGCCUGUGGAAAGAGGUGGGCAUGAUUAUGCAGCUGUGUCUGAGAAUACUUUUGAGGAAAGGAAGAAAAUCCAACCAUCACAUGCAAUUCCUGCUACAAGAAUUAGUGUUCCCGCUCCACCCAAAGGGCCUGAGCUGGUAACUACUGUGGCAAAACCUCAACAUGUUGAGAAAGUGGAACCUGUUGCACCAUCACCACAAGCUGAAACUUCAAAACAGACUACUGACACAACACAAAAUUCCCCUUCAAAAGUUGACUAUGCUACGGACCUUUUUGACAUGUUGUCUAUGGAUGAUCCAAAUGAAAAGGGCUCAGGGGCAGCUGAUGCUACUGCUGAUGAUAAUAACUGGGCAGGUUUUCAGUCUGCUGCAGAGGCAUCGACAGCUGAGAAGACUGAUGCUACAAAAGCAGUUGAGAGUACACCCCAGUCCACUUCUGGAAUUGAGGAUUUAUUUAAAGACUCACCUUCAGUUACACCAAGUUUAACUACAGAAAAACCACAAAAAGAUGUAAAAAAUGAUAUCAUGAGCCUCUUUGAGAAGUCCAAUGUGGUGUCUCCAUUUGCAAUGCAUCAACAGCAACUGGCCAUGCUGGCACAGCAACAGUCUCUUCUAAUGGCUGCCGCUAAAUCUGCUGGUGGGGAUCCCAAGUACCUGGCCAGCUUACAACAACAACAGUCUCUUCUAAUGGCUGCUGCCGCCGCUAAAUCUGAUGGUGGGGAUUCCAAGUACCCAACCGCCAUACAACAACCUGGGUCCAACAUUCCUGUCCAAAGUUGGCCAGCUGCUAGCUUCCCAAUGCCUGGUGCAAUGCCCAUGGGUGGUCUGGAAGAGUUACAGAAACUCAUGCAGACAAUGAACAUGAAUGCAGCACAUUCAGCAGGGAGUUCAUUUCAGUAUCCACCAUCUAGUUACUAUGCUAUGGGACAAGUUGCUCCCACUAAUGGUACGGCACCAACGGGAGCGAGCAAACCACAGUCAGCAUCUCCGGUAUCAUCUACCACUUCAAAGACAGGGAACGACUAUGAUUUUUCCUCCUUAACACAAGGAAUGUUUGCAAAACACUGAUUGACCUUGGCUUAACAUUCCCUGCUAUGUCAUAUACCAUAGAAAAUUAGUUAAAAUUACAGAAAAGUGCACUCUUUUUCUUUCCCUUGACCUGCCUCCUUGGGUUGUAAACCAUAUCUAGAGCUACUGAGCUAGUUCAGUUUUCUUGUUACGGGUGAUUGCUUCCUUUGUAUCCAUAGGUGUAUUCACAAUAAAAUGUAGUGAUAUUUAUUAUC